AUGUUUUUGUCAGAUAUGUCUGGAAGAAAACCUGUAUACAGGAAAGCAUUUGUUUUCUUUAGUUCACCUAUUGCCAGAGAAUUGGUGUUGGAGAUUAAGAAAGAUACACUGGUUUUGCCUCGCAUUGGUGCAUUAAGAGAGAUGAAUUUAGAAUAUUUUGCCAUCGACAGUCAGGGUUUCGUUACAAACAAUGAGAGAGCUUUAGAGGAGCUAUAUGGGGACGAGGAGAACAAUAAAAAAGCUGUUGCAUGUUUGAAUGUGAUGGCUACUCGAGUUGCUUCUGUUUUUGCUUCAUUAAGAGAAUUUCCUUUUGUUCGAUUUCAUGCUGCCCCGUCACUAGAUGCGAACACAAUGACUAUUCUUCAUGAUCUUAUUCCUACAAAGCUUGCUGCUGGUGUCUGGGACUCUCUUAGGAGGAUUGAAGCUUCCAGGGAAGUUGCUGGAACGCUUGCGAAAUCGCCUAAUGUUACUUAUCUUCCUGGUGGAAACAACAUGAUGAUGGCUCUUAAUCCUGCUGUAAUAAUAAAUUCCCGUAUGCAGCUUGCAGCAAAGUUCCGUAAUAGCGGACAAACAUGUGUAUGUGCAAAUAGAAUUCUUGUGCAAGAAGGUAUAUAUGACAAGUUUGCAAAUGCAUUGCUUGAUGCUGUUCAGAGUAUGAAAGUUGGAGAUGGUUUUAGUGAAGGUGUGGUUCAGCAUCUUGCUCUUUUUCGAAAAUGCAGGAUUGAAGAAGCUGAAGCACAGUGUGCUUUGUUGAACUCUGAAUCAUUAUGCGAUGGAUGUUUCAGUUCAGAUUCAGAUAUAUUUCUCUUUGGUGCAAGGACAGUGUACAGGGAAAUCUGCCUUAGAGAUGGUGGAUAUGUUGUAUGUUAUGAGAUGGCAGAGAUUGAAAAUAAACUUGGAUUGGGACGGGAUUCAUUGAUUGCUCUCUCUUUGCUUCUCGGCAGUGACUAUCAUCAAGGAGUCCACGAUUCGAACUUCAAACCCUUCAAAUUGGUUUUUACGACCAAGAUAUGCAAUGGAACCGAAGCCGACGAAGAGGAGGCUUUUUCCGGUUUUCUAUUUGGCACGAGAUCGGCUUCAGGUGAUUACGGGAAAAGCUUUUGCAGGUCACAGUUUGUGAAGGUGGAUGUAGCAGAGGAUGGAAGACUAACUGAAGAGCUUCCGAGAGUUACCGAUGAUGAUGGGGAUGGUAUCUCAUUGCCAUGA